AUGUCGAGCAAUCAACAGGCUGAAGUGGCAUUUUUGAACCCACCGUUCUGUGUGGGAGUGCAUGCCUUGUACAGCCCCGCAGGAGAGAGAGUUAACAUAUACAUAUACCUAAGUGUGAUUAAUUUCAAACUCUAUUUUUCAGAGGAAGGAAACAAAGGUUAUGGACCCGUUUUUGAGGAGCAACCCAUUGAUACUAUCUACCCAGAAGAAUCUUCAGAUGGACAAGUUUCAAUGAACUGCAGGGCACGAGCAAUUCCUUUUCCUACUUACAGGUGGAAACUCAACAACUGGGAUAUUGAUUUAACAAAGGAUCGCUACAGUAUGGUGGGAGGCAGACUUGUUAUCAAUAAUCCAGAAAAAUCAAGGGACGCUGGAAAAUAUGUCUGUGUAGUGUCAAAUAUCUUUGGAACUGUCAGAAGCAGUGAAGCCACUCUGAGUUUUGGAUAUCUGGAUCCCUUUCCACCUGAGGAACGCUAUGAGGUUAAAGUGCGAGAAGGUGUUGGAGCAGUGCUUCUUUGUGAGCCCCCUUACCACUACCCAGAUGAUCUCAGUUAUCGCUGGCUUCUAAAUGAGUUCCCGGUAUUCAUUGCUUUGGACAAACGACGAUUUGUGUCACAGACCAACGGCAACCUCUACAUUGCAAAUGUAGAAGCAUCAGAUAAGGGCAAUUAUUCGUGUUUUGUGUCCAGCCCUUCAAUAACAAAGAGUGUAUUCAGUAAAUUUAUUCCACUUAUUCCACAGUCCGAUCGUGCAAAAGUAUAUCCUGCUGAUAUCAAGGUGAAGUUCAAGGACACGUAUGCUCUCCUGGGGCAAAAUGUGACGCUGGAGUGUUUUGCUCUUGGGAAUCCGGUUCCUGAACUCAGAUGGAGUAAAUACCUUGAACCCAUGCCAGCCACUGCUGAGAUAAGCAUGUCUGGUGCAGUUCUUAAGAUCUUCAAUAUUCAGUAUGAAGAUGAAGGACUUUAUGAGUGUGAAGCUGAAAACUAUAAAGGAAAAGAUAAACAUCAAGCAAGAGUUUAUGUACAAGCCUCUCCUGAGUGGGUAGAACAUAUCAAUGACACAGAGAAGGAUAUAGGCAGUGACCUAUACUGGCCUUGUGUAGCUACAGGCAAGCCUAUUCCAACAAUUAGAUGGUUGAAGAACGGUGCCUCGUUCCGGAAAGGUGAACUAAGAAUGCAAAGUCUGAGCUUUGACGAUGCCGGCAUGUACCAAUGUAUAGCAGAAAACACGCAUGGAAUUAUUUAUGCAAAUGCUGAACUGAAGAUUGUGGCUUCACCUCCUACUUUCGAACUGAACCCUAUGAAGAAGAAAAUCCUAGCAGCUAAAGGGGGCCGUGUAAUCAUUGAAUGCAAGCCUAAAGCUGCUCCUAAGCCAAAAUUCUCAUGGAGCAAAGGAACAGAAUUGCUUGUAAAUGGGAGCCGCAUACGUAUCUGGGAUGAUGGGAGCCUGGAAAUUAUCAAUAUUACAAAGCUGGAUGAAGGUCGCUACACCUGUUUUGCAGAAAAUAACCGAGGAAAAGCUAAUAGCACUGGUGUUCUAGAAAUGACAGAAGCUACAAGGAUUACUUUAGCUCCGUUGAAUGUUGAUGUCACCGUUGGAGAGAAUGCUACCAUGCAAUGCAUUGCAUCCCAUGAUCCCACAUUAGACCUGACAUUUAUUUGGUCUCUAAAUGGCUUUGUAAUAGAUUUUGAGAAAGAGCACGAACAUUAUGAAAGGAAUGUUAUGAUUAAAUCCAACGGUGAGCUGCUUAUUAAAAACGUUCAGCUGCGGCAUGCUGGGAGGUACAUGUGCACUGCUCAGACGAUUGUUGACAACUCCUCGGCUUCGGCUGACCUUGUGGUAAGAGGUCCUCCAGGCCCUCCCGGAGGUAUAAGAGUAGAAGAAAUUAGAGACACUGCUGUAGCACUUACCUGGAGUCGUGGAACAGACAAUCAUAGCCCCAUUUCUAAAUACACUAUCCAGUCAAAAACCUUUCUAUCUGAAGAGUGGAAAGAUGCCAAAACAGAACCAUCAGAUAUUGAAGGAAAUAUGGAAUCUGCUACAGUGAUUGAUUUAAUUCCAUGGAUGGAAUAUGAGUUCCGGAUAAUAGCAACAAACACUUUGGGGACAGGAGAACCUAGUAUGCCGUCACAGAGAAUUAGAACUGAAGGCGCUCCUCCUAAUGUGGCUCCUUCUGAUGUCGGAGGAGGGGGGGGAAGCAAUCGAGAGCUGACAAUAACAUGGAUGCCUUUAUCAAGAGAAUACCACUAUGGCAAUAACUUUGGUUAUAUAGUGGCUUUCAAGCCAUUUGGUGAGAAAGAAUGGAGAAGAGUUACAGUUACUAAUCCUGAAAUUGGCCGGUAUGUCCACAAGGAUGAAUCAAUGCCACCUUCAACCCAGUAUCAAGUAAAAGUGAAAGCUUUUAACAACAAAGGGGAUGGACCAUUCAGUCUCACUGCUGUCAUUUAUUCAGCACAAGAUGCUCCAACUGAAAUACCUACAGAUGUGAGCGUAAAAGUUUUGUCAUCUUCUGAAAUGUCUGUUUCUUGGCACCAUGUUUCUGAUAAAUCUGUGGAAGGAUAUCAGAUUCGUUACUGGGCUGCUCAUGAUAAAGAAGCAGCUGCACAGCGGAUACAAGUGAGCAAUCAAGAAUAUUCAACCAAACUGGAAAACCUGAAGCCUAAUACUCGCUACCAUGUAGAUGUUUCUGCCUUCAAUAGUGCAGGCUAUGGACCUCCCAGUAGAACCAUCGAUAUUAUUACCAGGAAAGCACCUCCAAGCCAACGUCCAAGAAUUAUCAGUUCUGUAAGAUCUGGUUCAAGGUACAUCAUCACCUGGGAUCAUGUGAAGGCAAUGUCAAAUGAGUCUGCAGUUGAAGGAUACAAAGUACUGUAUAGACCAGAUGGACAACAUGAAGGCAAGUUGUUUUCAACGGGAAAGCACACAAUAGAGGUCCCAGUCCCCAGUGAUGGUGAAUAUGUCGUUGAGGUCCGAGCACACAGUGAAGGAGGAGACGGAGAAGUAGCUCAAAUAAAAAUUUCAGGUGCCGCUGCUGGAGUGCCGACUCUGCUCCUGGUCCUGGUGGUGCCACCCUGGGUGUCCUCGCCUGCUCGGGAUUCUGAAUGUAGCUGGGUUUACCUUGUCCUCCGCCUAACACAAAGGACUCCCUUUGAAGAUGAGGACCACGACUCUUUUUGAUUCCUGUGGCACCAUCCUAAGCCAAAUAAAUUACACUUUAAAAUAAAUUACCCUACCAAUUUCCUAUGAACUUUAAGAGGACUGAGGCAUCCAGGAACUCCUUCAUGAAGUAAAUCAACUUUUGAAAGGCUAAGAAAUAUUUUUAACUUGUUCCAAUAUGCCUUAUAA